AUGUAUACCACAACACAUCUUAUUCUUAUCUUGGUUCUACUGACAAGUGUCGUUCAAUGUCCAGGUGGUGGUGGCGGAGGAAGAGGAAGUAGUGGUAGAAGCAAUCGUGGAAGUAGCAGAAGUUCAGGUAGAGGUUCAGCACUAUGUUUUUCUAUUGAAUGUGGACCUCUUGAAUUACUGUUUUCCUUAUUCGUUGUAAUCGUAUUAAUGGGUGUACUAGUAUGUUUGGUUAUGGCUUGCUGUUAUCAAUGCACAAGUGGAAAACCAUCACAAGUGAAUGAAGAUUUUAUUCGUCAAGGUUCUUUAAAUUAUCACGACUAUGAAAAGUAUCCUUUCGAGACAGGUAUUUGGUCUUUUCGAUAUUAUCAAUAUGACAAGUGGCAUGGACCUUAUCGAGUAUCACUCACGUUCGAUCGUUCUUUAGGCAAAGUAACUGGUCAAGGAACAGAUGAUGUCGGUAUUUUUACAAUCGAUGGUAUUUUUUCUUCGGAAAAUUUCCGACUAGCUCUAACGCAGAUAUAUGAAGCAGAAACAGGUGAUCCAACAGAAAAUCUUGGUCAUACAUCGACCAUACAAUUGACUUGGAAUUCGAAUAAUAAUCAAUUUGAGGGUACAUGUAGAUCAAAACCUGGUUUACCAAGUGUACCAUUAUCAUCGGAAGAUGAAAUGGCACUUGUAGCCAAUGGUGGUCUUAUUUCAACAAGUUUAUUUUCAUUUUACUAUCUAUUUUCUUUAUUUUAUUAA